AUGGGCUUGGUCUAUAUCUUGACCUUUUUGGUCAUUCUUAUCGUUUCCUAUACUCUACAUGAAUCAACAUAUCAUUUCGAACGUGUGGUUGCGAGGGCUAUCUUGCCAGAUUGUUUCGGAGCUCGAUGGUCGCCACGUCCACAUCUUUGGGAUCUCGACAUGAACAAAGAGCGGCAACCAAUCCUCCUCACUUUAAAAUCCCCCUUUUCAUCAUUCAAAGUCUACUAUCUACCUCCAUUAGUGGCAUCCGACCGUCACCAAGUGAUUGUGGGAUUCCCAGGAAACAAGAACAAUGUCGGAGCAUUAAUGGAAAGUUUCUGGUCUUACCAUGGAGAUGAAGUUCACAUGAUACUGGUCAACACUCCCGGUUAUGGGAGUUUCGAUGAAGACCGCUCAGAGCCAAUGACCGACAAGCACCACCGUCUCUUAGAGCCAUGGCUGAGGGCCAUUGUUCAAACUUUGCAACGAGAAUUGUUGAGUCCAUCUGAGAUUCAAUGGGCCGAAUUUGACCCUCGUGCAGUCAUAAAAGAAAACGGUCAGAUCCAAAUCAAGUCACUCAGAAUAGGAGAUCUUCCAAAGUCCUUCAAUGAUUUCGACAUUGCGCCGGUAGGCAGAUCUUUCGGCGUUUUUGCGGCCUCUAUAACGCGCCCACGGGGAGGACUGAUUGGCUAUACGCCUUUCCAAGGAAUUGCAAAGCUGGACUUGGCUGGAUGGUGGGGGAUCCUUUGGCGCUGGGCUAGACAUCGCAAUCCGUUUCCAAAUUGCGGCAAGCGCGUCAUUCUUGAUGACCCAUCGAUCAAACUCACCGAUGAGCAACGUCGUUUUAUUGAAGAUUAUGACGGGGAAGUGUUCACGGGAUUGAUGUCAGAGCUGGUCCCAGACCCUACCAAAGGUGAAGCUUCCCUACUGAUCGUUGCGACCAAAGAGAAUGUCGUUGGUUCGGUCGAGAUGUCUAUUCGCAAGGCUCCGGGUGUUACGGUAAUCGAACGCAAAGGAAAUCACCGCCUUCGAGCAGAUAAGGAUUACCGGGAAUCAGUGAAAAAGUAUCUCACCGAGAGCUGGAAAGCUCACCAGGAACGAUGGACGAGGCGCAUGCCGCCGGUGGAGGUUUGCGGCGAUGAUCAGUCUCAAUGGUCUCCUUUCAUCAUCCCCUCUUGUCAGCCCCCCUCGUCUUGA